CCGGAAGUGAGAUGCUCCUCGUCCUCAAAGAUGGUGUCUUCCUCAUCGUAACGCCAGAUAAACAGAAAAAUAUGAGUGUUAAAUACAUACCGUCCCAGCGACCGGAUGACAUGUCUGGUAAUUGAAUUGGUGGCUGCUGCUGAUGAUUAAUGAGUCGCCUCUGAAGGAAAGAGGAUGCAUAUCAGCAGAGCCGACGGAGGCUCCUACACGGAUAAUCUCAUUGGGACGUUGCUUGCAAUUUUUGGAAAUGUGCUUGUCAGCAUCUCCUUAUGUAUUCAGAAAUACAGCCAUGUGACGUUAGCGGGAACCAAGGACCUGCGUGCCUUCUACCACACCAAAACCUGGUGGAGUGGUUUUGUACUGAUAUGUCUUGGGGAGGGAGCCAACUUUGUUUCCUAUGCCUUCGCCCCCCUCGCUCUCAUCUCGACUCUAAACGCCGUGUCUGUCCUGACAAGCUCAAUUUUGGGUUUUAUUUUUCUGCGCGACAAAUUGAAGCCAAAGGACUUUGCAAAGCGCUAUGGGCUGUCCUUCCUGGGCUCUAUUCUAACCAUAGGUGGAACAUUCCUCUUUGUCGUAUUUGGACCAAACUCUCAUGAAAAACUCCAAGCAGAGAACAUUGUGACUCACCUGGUAGGAUGGCCUGUUCUCUUGUAUCUGCUCCUGGAGAUCAUCACGUUCUGCCUGCUUUUAUACUUCUACAAACGGCGCAAUGCUAACUACCUCGUUAUUAUUCUGUUGCUGGCCGCGCUACUGGGCUCGGUCACAGUCAUCACAGUGAAGGCGGUGUCGGGCAUGUUGGUUCUCACCAUCGAGGGCACCAUGCAGCUGGACUACCCGAUCUUCAGUGUCAUGUUUGUGUGCAUGGUGGCUUCAGUGGUCUUCCAGGCUGGAUUUCUCUCCCAAGCUUGUAAGCUGUAUGACUCCGCUAUGAUUGCCGGUGUCAACUACAUCCUCUCCACCGUCUUUGCCGUGAUUGCUGGCGCUGUGUUUUACGUAGAGUUUAAGAACGAAGGCGUUCUUCACAUCUGCAUGUUUUUGUUGGGAUCUGCAUUCUGUUUCCUUGGGGUCUUUCUCAUCACCAAAAACAGGAAAAGGACCAAGACCUUUGAGCCCUAUGUCACUAUGGAUAUGGUUAAUGGUGUCCCGACUAUUCAUGACAAGGGCUUCUUUGUCCAGCCAGACACCAACGGGGCUUUCUCCUAUGGGGCUCUGGUCAACAACGAUGGAGCGGCUCCUGCGACUCUACCAGUCAAGCUGGAACAACCACGAGUCUCCGACCUAAAAGAAGAUUAAAGUAUUUUGUAUUGGGGUUUUUUUCCCCCCUCUUUUUAACUAUCAACAAUAUUCAAGGUCCUUGAAAGACCAAGAUGGGUUCUGUACUUUUCACAAUUACACAACCUCCGGCUCAAAAGGGGUCCACUGGGUGUUUUACUUUCCGUACACUCCUCUCCACCUGCUUUCGUUUCUGAAAUCUUUAAACCAAAGCGUGACCUUGAGAAGCGUUUUUGUUAUUUGAGAAGCUGUAUUCAUUCCAAAAAUGAACGGAAGAAACGUGAAGCUGCUGGAUGUUGUAGUGGAUUCACAAUGAUAGGACAGCAGAGAUGGUGUUGUGCCUUGGAGGGCUUCCAUGACUGUUAAGCAAUUGAAUGCUCAUUAAUAUUUGCAUUAAGGAAUCUGUUCUUCCAUUGAGCAUUGUGAAGAUACUCCUCAAAGAUCUAUAAUGUCGCUCCAGACUUGCCAAUGAACAUUGUGACUUCAAAUAUCUGCCUCCAACUCUCUUAUAUGAGCGGUUUUCACUCCACAAUGUUGCCUCUUGUUCUUGGAAUUGCUUUGUCUUACUACUUUUCCUGAUGUGACCAAAAGUGGAUGCAAAUCAUCUAAUUUAUUGUGAUGUAUUUAUUAAUUUUCAAGUUAGCUUUUAGUGUGCCUUUUAAAAAGUAGCUUUACACUGGAUGAAUAACUGUACGGUUGUACAUAACCCAGGUAGGUGAGUGAAGCAUCACUGUAGCAGUUAUAAAAACUGUAAUAUGUCAGCACCUAUUGGAAUACAAACCUUUGAAAGGAAAGGUGUUAAUAACACUUUGACUCAAAUAGAGGGAAGUGAAUCACGCAUACAUCUUGAAAUAACUGAUAAACUUGAAAUGUGCACUAUGGAGUAUAAAAUGUUGAAUCUACUGCAAAAAAAACAUUACUAAAUUAAUUUUUUGGCCAAAAUAGUUAAUUUGUCCCUUUUUAACCUGAUGCCUUGGAAGUUUCUGAUGAAAUGCAUCCAUGGUACAAUGUUUUAGGUAUGCGUUUUAUGAUACAAUUUGAUAAAAUACUCCAUAAUGAAUGAAUGGGAGGAUGCAUACAUUGGAUUCACUUCACAGCUAUGUGGUAGUUCAUUUCUACAGUGUUAAUAAAGCAGAGAGCCUUUCCUCAGUAUUCAGUACAGUUAUGUUGUAUCACCUGCGGUUUGUUGUGUGUGUGUGUGUGUGUGUAUAUGCUCAUUACGUCACUGUAUAAACCAACUGAAGCCUAUCUUGUUAUUAAAACUGCCAACUCAUGAAAUCUGAACUGAUGCUGUAAGAGUCAAACUUCUUCCAUUGUAAAUGCCAUGCAAUCCUGUGUCAUAUACACUUAAUGUCACCUAUUUCUGGUGUAUUUGUUUGGUCACAAUUUGCAGAAAGGUGCACAGGGUUCGCAACACGUACGUUUGGCGUUGCGAUUUGGUGGUCAAACUUAAAUUAAACUGAUGUCACUCGCCAGAGUAAGGGCCUGGCUGUUCUGUCCUAACUGCUUUGGUUGAAAAGAGCAAACGAUAAAUGACCUUGCAAAGUGCUCUGAGGCCUAAUCCCAAUGUCCCCCUUAAGGCCUUAAGGCCUUAAACCCUGAACCCUCAAGGAUUUACUGACCU